ACGGCUUUCGCCGCGUUUUUCUCCGCCGUACGUGAUGCUUCCGAGCAGUAACAGGGGUUUCUUCGCUCGCUGCUAACGGAAAUUUUUGGUACGUCAUUAAUAUGGCGCCAAAAGAGUUAUAAGUGUGAGCUUAUGUUGCUUUAGCUCGAGAGAUGCCUCACCUCAGCCGGUCCUGUUUACGCAGGCGGUAAAAAUACGAAACGUUAACCGCCUCACCUGACGGAAAGGGAAUUUAGACGCUCGUCGCGGUUCAAAACGCUUGUGCGAUGUCUUGUCACGGCAGUGGAGCACUUAGUGCGCUUCACUUUGCAGGAUUGUGAGGAAACGCUUUCCUCAAAAACAAUUUCGUGGAUGACGAACCGCUAAGCGCUGCCGUAACAGAAGUGUACAAACGGCAAUUUUGGCAAGUCGGCGGACGGCGGCGUAGGAAGCCAUCGCAGAAAGCCGUACUAUGCCGUCGGAUGGCCGCUGUUGUGGAUCGAAUCCGCCGACAGUAACUUUUAUUUCGGGCUGUGGAGGGGAAAUCGUCCGCCGUGCUGUCACACGGACGCAGCGGGCUACAUGUGCCUGGCCUCAGAUGAUCCCCUGAAUUCUGUCCGCUCGUGUGCAUCGAGGACAUCACGCCCUCUUGUGCAAACCGCAAAUAAGAUGGAGAGUGAGAUGAAGAGGAGGAAAUACUCCACCAGCAGCAACGACUCUGACACCACUGACAGUCAUGUGACCACCUGGUCACGGUCUUCAAAGAACACAGGGACCAACAGCACAUGGGUACGCCAUGAGCAGAAGAAACCGUCUGAGGUGUUUCGGACCGAUUUUAUUACAGCCAUGAAGUUGCCUGAUUCAGCACAACUGAGCCCAGAGGAGUUUUAUUUCCUGUCCGACCCCUGGAGGCAGGAAUGGGAGAAGGGUGUUCAGGUGCCAGCCAAUGUGGAAGCCAUUCCCGAGCCUGUAGUCAGGAUGCUUCCAGAGGUCAAUCGAAUCCCAUUCUUUUCACCGAUCCAAACCAGGGGCCAGUCGGAGUUUGGCUUCGGAGAGUCACAUGGUCUCACUGAUCCACUCAGUUGUUACGAUCUGGAUGAUCUGGAUGUGACCUGGCUUGAACUGGUUAAUGCUGAAUUCAGACAACUAGCACUUCCAGAGCUGGAUGAGCUCACCAUGGAGCAGGUCGUGGUGGAGCUGGAGAGCAGGUGUCAGCAGAACAUGCAGCAGGCCAUCGAGACUGAGGAGGGUCUGGGCAUCGAAUACGACGAGGACGUGGUUUGUGACGUGUGCCGCUCACCCGAGGGGGAGGACGGCAACGAGAUGGUUUUCUGCGACAAAUGCAAUGUUUGUGUGCAUCAGGCGUGUUACGGGAUCUUGAAGGUGCCGCAGGGUAACUGGCUGUGCCGAACAUGCGCCCUCGGAGUGCAGCCCAAAUGUUUGCUUUGUCCCAGGAGAGGAGGAGCUCUGAAACCCACGCGCAGUGGAACCAAGUGGGUCCACGUCAGCUGUGCCUUAUGGAUCCCAGAGGUGAGCAUCGGCUGCCCUGAGAAGAUGGAGCCUAUUACAAAGGUGUCCCACAUCCCAGCCAGUCGUUGGGCCUUGUCCUGUAGCCUGUGCCGUGAGCACACAGGUACAUGUAUACAGUGCUCCAUGCCAUCCUGCAUCGUGGCCUUCCACGUCACCUGUGCGUUCGACCAUGGACUAGAGAUGCGCACCACUCUGGCAGAGAACGACGAGGUGCGCUUCAAAUCGUACUGUCUAGAGCACAGCAGCAUAUCGCGCUCAAAUGCCGGCGGGAAUUCAGACAGACCCGAAACGCGGCACGCUGGUUCGGAUCUGCCAGGGUCGCAUACGGAUCGUGCGAAGCAGGACCAAGCAGAACGGGAGAAAGCCAGCCAUCGCAAGCAGAAGCUGCAGGAGCUCGAAGAUGAGUUUUACAGAUUAGUGGACCCCAAGGAAGUUGCAGAAAGCCUUUCCCUGCCAGAUGCUCACGUGGACUUCCUCUACCAGUACUGGAAGCUGCGGCGAAAGGCCAACUUCAACCAGCCGCUGGUGGCCCUCAAGAGGGACGAGGUGGACAAUCUCGCCCAGCAGGAGCAGGAUGUUUUGUAUCGCCGUCUGAAGCUCUUCACUCACUUGCGUCAGGAUCUCGAAAGGGUCAGAAACCUGUGCUACAUGGUCACACGCAGAGAGAAGAUCAAACACUCUUUAUGCAACCUGCAGGAGAAGAUCUUCGGUUUGCAGAUUCAGCUCUUAGAGCAGGACCUGGCUGGAGAAAAAACUCGGAGGGGGGAGAAGAUUCAUCGCAAUGGAGUCAGGGAACGAGUGAAAGAAAGAAGGAAGAGUAGUCCAGAAAAGAAAGACAAAUGGAGAUCAGAUGACAACUCUCUAUUCUCACAACUGGGUUUCUCCAAAUCCUUCCCGCUGGGCGGCUCCCUGUUCGACAGCUGGCUGGCUCAGUCCGUUCACAUCACGGCAGAUAACAUGCUGAGCCAGUGGUCUCUAUCCGGAGAGACCCGCGACCCCUCCGGCAGCCUCCUGUCAGACCAGCUCCUGCAGGGCGAGGAGAGCCUGCUCAGCCUCAUGAUGGACCACUCCAUCAAAUCCACCUGGAAAACGCCCCAGCUGGGCCGAAAGCCGCGGGGCGCGCCGCGCAGCCGUCGGAAGUCCGUCUCGCUUCCGAGAAUCGGAUCUGCAGUUAAAAACAAAGUCUGGCCUGAGGACCAGCGUCCCAAACGAGGAGAGCGAGCGCGCCACGUACACCACCAUCACACCCGCAGCAGCGAUGGCAGGCCGGAUCCUCUGCAGCCAGCCAUAUCCCAAAUGGACUCGUGCCACAUUUCCGAAGAGUGUGGCUCUUGGGACGCCGGCGCGGAAGGUGUGGAAACGGAGAGCGACAAGCGUUCGCAGAUGGCCUUGCGUCUGCGUCUGCCUAGACAGGGCAAGUCACGCUCUAAGAGCGACACGGCGGUGGCCUCGAUGCCGAACAGCACUGGGAACAACACCUCGGCACCCGACACCGAAACGGACGGCUAUUUCUCUGACGCGGAACAAAGUGACAGUGAAUUGCGCUCGUUCAGCCGGAAGCUGCGCUUGCCCCAGCUGCAUGCUGGGAAGGAGGAGGUAGUGCGGCGAAGCGUGCUUGCCUCCUAAAUCCGUUUUCGGAAACCACGGUGUUGCUGUAGGAGACGCGGUCUCUCUCCCGUUUCUAGACCUUCAGAUGUAAUGGCGUGUGUUCUUUCUCGCUUUACGUGUCAGAGUAUAUUAGUCCGUCGCCUACAUUUAUGCAACCAUAACCAUUUGUGCUUGACAAACGAGAAGAAACGAAAAAGUCUAAAUGAACACUGUUGGACGUGUCCUCUUGGGAAGCAAUAGGAUCUGUCCUGGAACAGGGACGAUGACGUGGGCAUUAUGACGUCUGUUCAGGUUGUGUUCGUUUUAUAUGAAUACGUCUGUCGUGUGUCUCCAGAGGAUGCGGCUACUUUCAAGUGAUGUACAGAGAAAAUAGGACACAAAUAAGCACAAAUAGCCGUCGGGGAAUGUAGCACACAUGUACCUGUUGUAUCCACCGCCUCAUUCGCUUUUACAGAGACUAGACUCACACUUGAGUGUAAUUCUUAUGUGCCAGUGGACAGAUCAGCUUCCAUCAUGGGUGAAUCUCACGAAUGUGAAGCCUGCUGUAGGAGCCGUGCGACAGCUGAGCACGAUUUUUACGUUUGGUCAAUCAAUCUCGAGUGGUUCGAACUUGUAACGUUGGUUGCUUGACUGUUUUUGAGUGAUUACGUCUACUGGUAAUCGAAAACACCAGUUGAGUACUUUUUAUUUUACUUUGUUUAAUCACGGUGGUUGUCAUUUGUGUAAGUGCGCACAACAAAUUUUGGGUCAUUAAUGGAAACUUCAAUGUCUUGGCUCAGAAGAAUCUGAAAACUGGUCUUUUUAUAUAUUUAGAGCAAGAUGGCGAGUCAAAUGAUACCCAGUUUUCCCACGUUGGCAAUUUUGGGCUUUUACAAAAAAAAAAAAAAAUCUAUAUUUUAUGAGUGCGUUGGCGUAUCAUUACGAAAACUUGGUAUGUGUCUUUGGCACCAUGCCCUGAUGGUACUCAAAAAGUUUUGGGGCAACACCACCUUGUGGUCAAAAAUGAUAAUAAAACAAUAAAAGUAAAUAACUUUGUAAUUUGCAAAUAACUUUUGAUUUAACUAUUGUCUUAAGACAUUUUCACGUUUUAUUACGAUAGGACAGAUCAGAACGGAAAGGAAGUGAAAUGGGAGAAAGAUGGGGGCGGAUAGGGAAAGGUCCUCGAGUCGGGAUUCGAACUCGGGACACCCGAAGCACAAUGACGCCUUAUGUUGGCGCGUUGCCCACAAGGCUACCGGCGCAGAGGAGACUUGUUUUGUUAGAUUCCCCACGAAUUUCACCAAAUUUGGCUUAAAUUACCUUCAGACAAUGCUGGCAAAAUGUUCCGGAUUUCGUGUCGAUAGACAAAGCGGUUUUCAUUUAACGCGUCAAUGAAUUUGACGCCAUGGUGCCAAACUGCACCUGAGGCUGUAUUUCUGCAAAGCUUUGACAUACUGACACCAAACUUUGUGUGUCUUCCACACCUCAUACUGACCAAGCCACAGCAAUUUGACAACAGUGCCACCUAUUGGUCAAAAGUGGAAAACUCUUAAUUCUUAUUACUAAUGACUGAAUUUAUAAUUUUUCAGACAGUUUGAGUAAAAUCAGCUUAAAAUGUCUUUAAUUACUCGUUGCGUUUGGUUUGAUGCUCGCUGCCAUGCUUGCUCCUCAUUCUGCCUCUGUUGUGCUUGCAGCUAUAUUUACAUUUGGACUUGAAUUCUAAGUCUAAGGAACCUUCAUGCAUCUUGAAAUGUGCAUUAGAGAUCAAUUUUUGCUUCAAGGAGCUUCAGGUCCAUCUUGAGCCAAGACACUGAGGUUUCCAUAAAUGUCUGUGUGACCCAAAAUUUGUUGAGUGCCAUGACACAAAGAUGACCACUGUGGUUAAAAAUUGUGGUUUUGCAAUACCAAGAUGGAGAUAAUUGCUCAAAAAAAAUUUUAAAUGGUCAUGCAACUCCAUUGGACCACUUGUGAUAGUUCUAGUUACAACUAAUUAGUGUUUAGACUUUUUUUGGGGGGAACUUUUUGUGAGAUUCACUCUCAUAUCUGGAUAUUUCUCUUCCACUUGUUUGUUCAUUUGUUCAGAAAGGACCGUUGUCGUUCUCCAUUAAAGCGUGCCUUCUGUAGCCCCCCAGUCAAACAAACAAUCAGCAUGUUUAACCGUUUUAAUACAACAAUGGCAAUCAGAAACAAAAACCUGCUUGGUCCAAAAGCUUGUAUGUAAAUGUCAAGGUCGUAGAGAUUCUAGGUGCCUAGAAAACAGCAUCGACCCAACAAUGCUAAAAUCAUCAAUCCUGCUUUAGCGACGUCCGUCAGUCGAAUUGGAUUCGCACUUACAAAGUGUCCUCAGGCUUUGCUAAUAAUGUUCUCCCUCUGAUUGUGACGUCUAUUGAAUCAACCCAUGGUGUUUAUCUCAGGGUUAUAGAGAAGAAGUGAUUGCAAUCAUCUGAAAAGCUUAAACCUGUACAUUCGCAAACAACGAGUGUUUCUUUGCCAAAACGUCACGUUUUGAGAUGUGUAAUGUUGAAACACUGAGUUUCUUUUCUUUUAUGUUGUAUGAUGAUGCCAAAGAAAAGUAAGUCAGCAUAUGCUCUGAAGUGGAUGUAAACUUUGUGUCUGGAUCUUCUGAAGAUCUCAGCCUGCACUGAUGUCCACCUGUACACUCCUGGACCGCAUCAUCAAUCGAGCAUCGUCCUCAUCCGCGAUCACUUGCGUGAGCCCCAGUGAUGCUCCGUUUUUGUUUAUGAGACAAAAGCAACCGAUAUGUAGCGUACGUGAUGCGUGUCAGUGAUCGGAGGGUUAGUUCGCCCAAACAAGGACAGUUCUGUAUUCAGUCUUGUCGUUCCAAACCCGUUUUGCCGUUCUUUUCCACACAGUGAAAGCGAAUGGGUCCAGAAAAGACUAAAAAAGCAGUCCAUGCGCUACAUUCCAAGUCUUCUGGUUUCUUAUGAUGCUCAGCCCGAGUUUAAGCAUCUGUGUACCGAAAACCUUCCCUAGUCAUCGGCAAGUUUGCGAAUAGCAUCGUAACCAAAGGACUUUUCAUCAGGAGACUAGAAUACAGCACACGAGUCGCUGUCAUUUUCAGUCGUACGGGUUUGGAACGACGCCGCGGCGGACGAACGACGGCUGAAUUACUUUCACUCCUUCACUGGCUUAAACCGCGACGGCCGUCUGCUGUAUCCGUACAGACCACAGACAGCGACCUGUACAGAUUUCAUGUAUCUUAGCUGCUUCAAUAGGGACUAAUCAUAGCGCUGGUCAUUUGCCGUUCUCUGGUUCAGUAUGCACCCAACGCAGACAUGGAAUACUGUGCCUUUAGUGACCUAGUUUCAGCCUCCUGCAAGAGUUCACGCUUCUUUAUCACGCUUCGUUGCCGUUCGUGUACCAAAACUAUAACAUAUACUCUACGUAAUCUCUGUAAAUGUUCAGCUUCUGUGCAAUCGUUUUCCUCCCACGACGAGAAUGAUAGAGUAGAUCUCGACACUCGUGCGUUGUUCGUGAGCCAUCCGCUUAAACGGCAAAGGGUAGCUAGUCUUAGCACUUGGUUAUUCUUUUGUCUCUGCUGUUGGCUUUCCCUGGAAGGGUGAAAUGCUGGAAAUCAAGACCAAUGAGGGGUGUGCGAUAUUGACAAAAAAUGAUAUCUCAGUAUUUUCAGAAAUUUUUUGUCACUAAUGAUAAUUAGAUGACAUGUAGUGUGUUUUUGUGCUGACUCUCACUCUCAAAGAUUUUCAGAUUCUGUUAGUUGUUAGUACAUUUUCCAUCUCAAGUGGCAUUUACACAAACCAUUCAAUGCAGCUCAGAAAUGGCAUGAAUGCAUUUACACUGCAAUUACAAAUGCUCAACACUGUCUUAACAAGACGCAACGGGACAAGAUUCUAGCGACAAGCAAUUUGUCUGUCCACAUCAGACGCGACACGACUAUGCGAUCCAGAAAAAUCAAUUAUAAAAUCACAGCCAAUCAGAAGCACGUGUGGGCGGGCUCUCUCUAAAAGCCUUAUUAAAAGUACAUACCAUCUUUGUUAUGAAAUUCUCUUGUUGGUUUGAAGUAAGUUCACAUUUUUAACAUACGUUUGCUUUAAUUUAUUUUUGAAAUUUGAGGUAAACUGUCUAUUGUUGCUUUCAGUAUGGCUAUAAAGGUCACACGAAAUGAUAUUCAAACUCACAUUAGACACUUUUAACAUUGAAUAAAGCACAUAAUCAGUACCUGAGAUUAGUAUGGUGCAUUCACAUGGGGCGUGUUUGAAGCUUGGUGCUGAUGUGAAAUUAGCCAAUCACAUUACUCAUCUGGUGUUGCAUGAACAUGAAUGGCUAGCAAAUGCAUUAGGGUAUUUGCAUAAUGUGAUUGGAUUGGCCGAUGCCUGUGCUGGCACUUGAAAAGUUUAAAGGUUUUCAGUUUCUGCCGUGAGCAACACCAGUGGCGCAACACAACAGAUCCACAAUUCAAUUCGGCAACGCAUGAUCUCAUCAUGAAACAACAGUGAUGGGGUAGUUAAUUUCAGAUUUUGUUUCUGAUUUGAAAUAUGCAAUUUAAUUGCAAGUUCAGCAAGCAGUUUUUGAGAUCUCAGGAUUCCCCCAUUCAUUUAGAUUUAGAGCUGCCCGGAGGCGUGGCAAAUAUGGCUGUUGAGUAAACAGACUUAUCUUGAAAGGGACUGAGUUUAAUGUUAUGCUUUAAAAAUAACGUUUGGGAUGUAUAAAUAUUAAAAAUAAAACAAUAUUUUAAGUAUGAAGCUAAUACCACCAGUAGGUGAUGAGUUAAGAAGGGAGUCCCUCAAAUGAUUUGUUCAAAAACGUGGAUUCAUUCAGUAACGAAGCACCACUGGCUUUGUUUGAAACUAUUUUUAUUGUGCAAAAUAGAGCAAAAACAAACAAUACUGUGUAUUUUAACUCAUUUAAUAUUAAAUUCCUGUGUAAAGUCAUAUCACAUUUGCAUGUGCUCAUAUUUGGAAAAACAGCACUUGUUCUCGUGUGAUAUUGUUAAACAGCCAUAAAGAGCUUUUUUUUUCUGACUGCAUUUACAUCAUCUUGUUUGGUUUGUGCAAAGUGAGUGACACUGGACAACUUCAGCUCUCGCAUCGUUCAAGCAAUUAGUAUAUUAUCCUUAAAGACGCAUAUCGCACACCCCUAAGACCCAGCUUUUCUUUUGAGUUGAGUGGUCAGUUUUAAGUGGUUCUUGCCUUCUCAGUACAUGGAGAAAGUGCCGUGAACAGCCGUUCAUUUCUCUAGUGGAACUGACUAUUGAAGAAAAGUCGUAUUUCAUCCACAGAAAUAGCCAAUUUGUAGGACCAGUACCUUUUUUUUUUUUUUUGCAUUUGUAAAGAUGUCUGGACAUCUUAAUAUUAUUAUUAAAAUCAGCAUGAAUAAGAUUCAUUACAAAAAUACUUCUACUUUUAAGAUUUUAAGGGUUUCAUUAAUGGUUUUUGGUGAAGUAUCACGAGCUUCACCCAAAUAUCCUUCAGUGUUGUCGUUCACUUCCAGACGCUCCGUUCAGAUCCUCCUGCAGCGCCUCAGAAACCCGUCGUGAAAGAUCUCUCGCUUGUCCAGCUGCAGCUUUUGCUGUCAUAUCGCAAUCCGAACUCUCCUGUCUUGUUUACUAUGCAGCGAAAUUUCCCCACGAGCCCCUGUGACCGAGCAGUUUUUUUUCCGUCUUUCUCUCUCGGAAGAGUAAACGAGGCGCAGGAGAGGUGAAGCACUUGUAGUCCAUUAAGAAUCACACGUGUCCUGUAAAUCUCUCGACAUCUUCCGCUCGACACGGUUAGGAUACGAUGAUAUGAAUGUCGCAGGAGUUUAUCCUUCUAUGUUCUUUGUUUCAAAGAAUGUUGUGCCAUUUGUUAAUAGCAGAGAAAACUAUUGAACAUAUAAUUAGAAGAAAAAAAAGAAGAGCUAUUUUAAAUUAUUUUAGGCUUUUUUUGCGAUAUUUAUUUUCUUGUAUUGGAAAUCUUUAUAGAAGGAAAAAGACAAGUAUUUUUCAUCAGUGCAAAAACCUAUUUUUUCCUUUUUGUACAUUUUCCAUGUUAAGCAGUCUUUAGAGCAAUAUAAUGUUCCUGUGACUGUAUGUGCAUGCUGUUUGUGAUGCCUUAAUAACAGCUCCCGUCCCAUCAUCGCCAGCGCUCGGCCGUGGUCGACCAGUGCAGUCAAUAAAGCUGUGCUUUCUGUCUAA